AUGCUGGACAAGCUGUGGGACGACGUGGUGGCCGGGCCUCGCCCGGAGACGGGCCUCGACAAGCUCCGCCGGGCCGCCGCCACCCAACCCCUCGCCAUCAACACAGGUGCAGCUGCAGGGGAGGCGAUUAAGCAGUCGCCGUCGAUGCCGACGACCCCGACCACGCCGGUGACGCCGUCGUCGUCCACGCCGCCGCGCGGCGGCAGCGUGUGGCGGAGCGUUUUCCACCCCGGGAGCAACCUGGCCACCAAGAGCCUCGGCGCCAACCUCUUCGACCGCCCGCAGCCCAACUCCCCCACCGUCUACGACUGGCUUUACAGCGACGAGACGAGGACAAGGAGCAACCACCGCUGCAUGCUAGCGAGUGAUGGGUGUAUGUGUGUGCUCUGUGUAAGCUCCAUGCGUGUGUAA